AUGAGCAAGAGAGGCUUCGAAGGAAAUCAAGACUAUAACAAACGUUUCAAGGAGGACAACUCUGGAAGACCAUCACAUCACCAGGGUGGUGGUCACCACCGUGGAGGAGGUUAUCAAGGAGGACAUGGAGGCUUUGGUGGUCGUGGAGGAGGCUAUCAAGGAGGCCACGGAGGGCAAAGAACAUCAUCCGAUAGAAUUAAAACAAACUUCUUUCCAAUCAGAAUGCUUCCGAAUAGAAUUUUCGAAUUAUCAUCAUUUUCUGUGACUUGUGCAUCCAAAACAACCGAAUGGGCUGAAAUUCCAGAAGAAAGUAAGAGAUGGGCUGAAUCCAUGUUGAAUAUAGUUCCAUUCAAAUUCAAGUUGUUUUUCAUGAUAAAAAAGACUUAUAAUUGGACCUCACAAAUUCCUGGAUUGCCAAUGUUUGAUGGCUCAUUAAUUGUUUCUGUUGAGAAGGUUCCAUCCUUAGAAAUUGUUAUGCCAUACGAAAAGAAUGGUGUCAAGAUUCCAUUCUUAGUGAAAAUUGAAGGAAAGACUGAAGUUUCCAUUAACAAUAAUAUUCAAGAUACUAGAUUAGAACAGGCUAUUUCAUUUUGUCUGACCAAGGUUUUUAAAUACUUAAAGAUGGAUAGAUUGGGAUUUGCUGAAGUUGAAAAAGAAGGCGCUAUCGUUGAUAGAUACUCUGUGAGAGAUGGUGUUAUUCCUGCUUUAGCCUUCCUUGGAAGUGGUUUGUGUCUCUCCUUAACAUUCAAACAAAAGAUCACUAGCAGAUAUUCCAUGAUUGAAGAUUUGAAGAAUGAUAUGCAAAGAGAUAACUAUUUAUCCAUAGCAGAAAGAUAUAAGGGUCUCAGUAUCGUCUACAAUAAUAGAUCAUUUGUCAUUAAGGAUAUUGAUUUCAACCAAACACCUUCAUCGACCUUUAAAAAAGAUGGAAAAGAUGUUCCUUACUUUGAAUACUAUAAGGAAAGAUACAAUAUCAAUGUUAGAGAUAAGAAUCAGCCUUUGAUUUGUGUUAUGGUCAAGAUGAGAAAUCAGAAAAAACAAGUUAACUAUCUGAUUCCAGAACUUUGUUACAUUUCUGGUAUUAACAAGAAGGAUUUGAGGAAAAUUCCAAAGAAAUCAGUUACACAAAAGGAAGACUACAUAACCAGAAUUUCUAACAAAAUGAAUAGUGGAGAGUCAAGACAAUUCCUUGAUUCGGUUGGAUUGCAAAUCGACAGAGCACUUGAAACUAGCUUUACUGUUGUUCCACAACCACAAGUCUCUGGAAUUGAAGGCAUGAAAAAUGACAAAUGGACUGUUUCUAUGGAUACUGUCAUUAACAGUUUGCAAGGAAAAAAUUGGGCGCUUGUAUCACCACAAUUCCUUGUUAAAGGAUUUAUGGAUGCCAUUAGAAGGUACGAUUUGGGAAAGCCUCUUGUAUUUGAUUUGGAUGAUCGUGGUAGAGAUUUUAUGCAUGAUAUUGAAGGUUACAAAAAUUGGAAUGACCUGGACUAUGUCUUUUUCCUCAUGGCUAAUGAAAAUAAGCAUAUUUACAGUGCAUUGAAACAGUUUUACAAUUGUACUGUUGGUAUUCCUUCACAAUGUAUUGUUUGUAAUGGAGAUUGGUUUAAGAGACUUCCUAAUUGUUUGAUACAAAUGUCAGCCAAGAUUGGUGGUCUUAUUUGGUCUGUCGAAAGAUCCUAUCAAGAGUUUGUAUCAGUUUGUGGUAUUGAUAUUCAGAGAAAGGGAAGAAACUUUAAAGGCUCCAUUUCACUCUCACUAAAUACUAGUACUACUCUGUAUUAUACAGUUCCCUUCAGAGAGAGUGAUGAAACAAACAUUCGUAACAAGUUAUUGUCAAGUAUUAAGGAGGCCUUGCAAGCUUUUCGUAAUAGAAACAGUGGAGGAAUGCCUAGUGCUUUGAUUUUGUACAAUAGUGGACAUGAUUGUAUUGAUAUUUCUCAACUUAUUCAUGACUUUUGUCUUGAAGCUGAAAUGGAAUAUACCAAAGUUUGCCUGGUUAGUGUAAACAAGGACUCUAAUGCCAGAUUUAAUAUGGAUAAUCAGAAUCCACCAAUUGGUACUGUUGUUACCAGUAUGUCAAGAUACCAAACUCAAGAAUUUUACAUGAACUCGUGCUUUAUUAAUAGUAAUAUUGGAUACAGCAAACCAGUCAGAUACCAAGUUUUGUUCAACAAUACCAUGUUCUCAGUUGAUGAGAUUAUCAAAAUUACUUUCAGACAAACACAUCUCUACUAUAAUUGGAAUGGUUCUGUAAGAAUGCCAGCAUGUUUACUCUACGCCAAAAAAUCAAUUGAAUCAGUUGACUUGACACAAGAAUACCCAUCAACAAAACUUCGUAAUAACCCAUUCUUCCUUUAA